UUUGAGGGUUUAUUUAGGGCUUUUCUUCUCCCCUCGAAUUCAUCACUCAAAAAUCAAAUAAAAACCCUUUUAUUUAUUGAUAAUCUAACAAACAAUGCCUCCUUGAUUGGUCGUUGGUUUUUCUUGUAAAACCAUGACUGCUGAUGUUUCAGUAAAGAAGGAAGCCACAGUGAGUAAUCCAUGCUGCAAUGUGUGGAAGGAGAAGUGUAGGAAGUUGGAAGAGGGAAGGAAGAGUUUGAGGCAAGCAGUUAAGCUUUUGACAGAACAAGCCGAUAAACUUCAGGCUAAGAAUGUUAGUCUCAAGAAGGCAUGUGAGGAAGAGAGAGUGAAGGUGGAGGCUGAGAAAGGGGGGAAAGAGAAAGAAGCAGCUUUGAGAGUUAUGUUGGACAAUGAGAUUUUUGCUCUUAAGUCUGAAAUAUCCACCUUACAGCAGAAGGGAAGUGCAAAUUCAGAAGAUGAAAAUGGAGAGGUUAAGCUGCUUCAAGAUCAGGUUUUUGAAGGAGAGAAGGAAAUCAGCAGGCUCAAGGAGCUUCUUGAGGGAGAGAAAAUAAGAGCAGAUUCUGAAAAGGAGAAUGCUGAGGUGGAGAAGAAGAGUGCUGCUGAUGCAUUGAAACAUGUCAAAGCUGAGGAAGAGGGGAAAGAGAAAGAAGAGGCUUUGAGAUUUUCGUUGGAAAAUGAGAUUUCUGCCCUUAAGUCUGAAAUAUCCACCUUACAGUGGAAGGGAAGUGCAGUUGCAGAAGAAAAAAAUUGGGAGGUUAAGCUUCUUCAAGAUCAAGUUUCUAAAGGGGAGAAGGAAAUCAGUAGGCUCAAGGAGCUUCUUGAGAUUGCGAAAACAAGGGUGGAUUCUGAAAAGAAGAAUGCUGAGGUGGAGAAGAAAAGUGCCUCUGAAGCAUGGAAACAUGUGAAAGCUGAAAAAGCUAAGGCUGAUGAAGAGAGGAAGCAUGCUAGUAGUGAGGGGCUGAAGGUUGAGGAAUAUCAGCUUCAGUUGGAGGCGUUGAAGAAAGAAGCCGGAUUAGCAAAAUCAAAGUUGGCUUCUGAAACUUUGAAGUAUGAAGAGGCAAACAAGAAGUUCGAAACAGAAAAACUCAAGGUGACCAAAGAGAGAAAGCGUGCUGAUUCAGAGAUGGCGAAAGCAGAGGUGAAGAAAAAGCUUGCAGAAGCAAACAGGAAGAAGCUUGCUGAAGAAAAAUCUCACACUGAAAAUCUUUCCAAGCAGUUGGAAGAUGUGAGACAAAGAAUUGAGGAACUACAGAAGGCUGAGGAAUAUCAGCUUCAGUUAGAGUCUUUAAAAAAAGAAGCUGCUGAAUCAAAAUCAAAGUUGGCUUCCGAGACUCUGAAGCUUGAAGAUGCGAACAAAAAGUUAGAAGCAGAAAAAGCUAAGGUGAUGGAAGAGAGAAAACGUGCUGAUUCAGAGAUGGCUAAAGCAAAGGAGCAGAAGAAACUUGCUGAAACAAAUGGAAUGAAGGUCGUAGAGGAAAAGUCUCAUGCUGAUAAUCUUUCUCGGCAGUUGGAAGAUGCUAGAAUAAAGAUUGAGGAGCUGGAGAAGGGGAUAAAUAGAUUCAUGCUCACCAAAAAUAUGGGUGGGGCUUUUGAUGAUCAACAUGAAAUUUUGAAUGGUGAAGCUGCCACAAUUAGGUUUAGGGAUUUAUUGGAAAAUUUGAAGAACAAUUCAGAUCAAUCAAAGCUGGUUUUGGAGUUCUUAAAUUCCGAGAAGGCUAACAAAAGGUUAGAUAUUGAGAAGGCAAAAGCUAUUGCUGAGAAAAAACGUGCAGAUUUGGAGAUGCUGAAAGCAGAAAAGCUUAAAAAGCUUGCAGAAAUGAAUAGGAAGGUGGCAGCAGAAGAAAAAUCUCGUGCUGAUCAGUUGUCUCAACAGCUAGAAGAAUAUAAAAUAAAAAUUGAAGGAUGGCAGAAGCAGAUACAGGAACUCCUGUCCUCCAAAAAAAUGGUCGUGGCUUCUUCAGGUUUACCUGACAAAGUUCUGAAUGUGGAGAAGACAAAACUGAAGCUCUUGGAAAAACAAGUGAAGCUUGAAAAGAGGCGAUUAAAGCAUGCCAAAGAAGGGGCUAAGAUGGAAAUAAACCGUAAUGGUAUUCUACAGCAAGAACUAGCUUGCUUGAAACUUCAUUUUGGUCAAAUGCUGUUUCGCCUGGAUGUACUGGAUAAAUAUUUCUCAUGUAGCAAUGGGGGUACAGAGAAAAUGGAAAAGGUUGGGAACCUCGGAACCAUGCAAAGGUCAAAGUUGAAGAGAAAACUGUGUGCAGAAGAACCAUUUCAGACGCAUCCUAAUAAUGAAAGUGAACUUCUGAAGCCUAGCUGUUUGGCUAUGACCAUCUCUGAACCUCUCACGCAGACACUUAACUGCACAGCUCCAUUGGUUUCACCAUCUGGUGGGAACUAUACUGCAUCCAUCUCAGGUAUUGAUUCUAAAUUGGAGUCUCUGCUUGGAGGCUCUAACCGAAAAUUGUUACAGACUUCUGCAAUAAAUUCCAGUUCGGCAUCUUUUUCUGAUGGUCAGUUGGUCGGCUCACAGGAAAGGGGUGCGCUUGUUCCCACAUCAAAGAACUUGGUAGAAGAGAACUUUAAUGCUCAAACAACAAUUUCCAGCAUGUCUGGCGAUGUCACUAAAGUACAGCAUGAUGAAAAUCUUGCUGUGGUAGCGGAAAAUAGUGUUAGAAGUCCUCUUAGCAUUGACAUCAUUGGAAGAGUUAAUGGACACAGUAAGAAGAGGAGGAUCCUUGAUGCAGUUGAAUCUGUUGAACUUUUGUGUUCAGAGGGUAAGAAGCUGCACCUGCAGAUGGAAGAGAAACUCUCUGCCUUGCAUGGUAUGUUUAACAAACAAAUUAAAAAAUCACACGAAGAUGCCAUUGUGGAACCUAAUAUGCCAGGUGGUUCAUAUGCUAAGCAUGAGAGGACUCAUAAAACAAGAAAGGUAUCUUAUGAAGAGAAUGUAAUUAUCCACUGUUUUUCUGGCAUAAAUCAGCUAGAGAAGACCAAAAAAAUUGGGAAAGAAGUCCUCGAAGAUGCAAAUGCCUGCGGAUAUACCUCCAAUCCUGCCAAUCUUAUAAUGGGAGCUUCAAAAGCAUGCUGGGAAGGUUUGAGUGAUUCUUUUGAAAGUAGCCCCGGAGAUAUGGUAAGUUUUGAGGAAGUAGCCAAUGGGGAUUUCAUGAAAUUGCUGGACUUGGAUAACUCUGCAGAUGAGGAAUGUUACAGGAGAGCAAUGGAAAUGCCUAUGUCCCCAACUCUUCCUGAGAUAGGGUCUUCAGGUGCCGAAAUAUCUGCUAAUAAACCCUUACUUGUUGAAAGCUUCCUUGGAUGUUUACCAAAUGGAAAGGAGUCUUUAGUGCCUUCUUUUAGAUCAGAUGCCAUUGAUGUAGAAAUUAGUUCCAAUCAACUGAAAGACAGAUCCUUUGGAACUUCCCGUGCUGAUUUACUGCAUGAAAAUGAAGGCCCUGCAGAUUCCUUUGAUAUUCUAGGCAAUAGAAGUGGCACUUGUAACAGCAUGGAUUCUGGAAAAGUUUCUGAUGGUUGGACCAGGGAUCCUGGAUCUGAUUUGGACACUGAGAUGCUGAACAUACCUAGUUCUAGAUAUGAGGGCCUGAAGUUUCCAAUUGAAGGUGAACUUGGUUCUAUACAUGACAAUAUUCCUAAAUACUGUGUGAUGUUUUCGGAUAUAAAUGACACUAUAAGCAUGUCUAGAGUAUUUUUUGCGACUCAAACUUGUUUGGCUCGCUGUUCUUUGGACAUUCAAGCAGAUUGUAUGGUUCAAAAGAUCUUGCGUGCUCUUAAAAUGGAAGGGAAAAUUUUACCCAAGGAGAAGGCUUGCACAUUUUUCACUUUACUGCUGCUGAAUUUCUCUGCUAGCAAUUGGGGGAAAUUUCGAAGCUUUUCGGAUCCGGAUUUUCUCCUCGGCUUAGAUUCUUUUGCCAGAGACAUAAAUGCAGUUGUUUCUGAUGUUGAGGCAAGAAACUUGUUUGCAGAAGUAUGUUGUUUGGAUGAGCUGCUUGGCCUCAUUGAAGAAUUCCUCCUAGAUGGGAAAUUGAUGGUAUAUGCAGAUCUAUCUUCUGAACCAUUGAGUGGAUGUGAUUUGAUGAUAGACAUCCUUCUGGAUGGUGUAAAUAUAAAAUUUGCCUCCAAAUCAGCUUCAUCCAAUCUUUUGGUGGCAGGGAGUAUCAUACUAGCAUCAAUAUGUGCAGCAAUUGACCACAUUGGAUUUCUUUGUCAGGCUUCAUACAGUCUGUUGCGGAUGCACAGAUGUGAUACUGUUUUUGCACUUACUAUUCUUCACAUUUUUGCUUACCUGGCUGGAGAGAAGUUUUUAUCCCCGAGGAAGCACAGUUUGACAAUGACUGUGUUGAAAUCAGUGAUCAUGUUUCUUGAAGGAGGAGAUUCAUCAGUUGCUUCAGCAGCUUCCAGUCUUACCAUGUGUAAGGGCGGAAUGUUCCAUCCAUGUGCUAAAUGUCCCUUUUCAACUGAUGUUGUCUCCAUAGAUAUUGUUACGUCAAUGCUUUUGGAAAAGCUUCAAAAUUGUGCUGUUUCUGGAAUCAUGCAUCAUCUGAUGGAAUCACCCAGCUUAUCAAACUCCAAUGUACUAUGCUGUAAGGAUAUAGCUAAACAGAGUUUAAGUCAUGAAGUGAUUACUUCUGUCCUUGAUUUGAAUUGUGAUGCAUCCUGUAGUUUAAACAAGUGUGUGAUACCUGCCCAAUCAAAUUCUAUCAUGAAUGGGAUCUUGUGUGACCUGAGUGAUCUUCUAUCGUUGGUCGAGCUGCUUGCUUUCAAUAUGAGCUGGGAGUGGACCUGUGGAAAAAUUAUAACUGAGCUGUUGGAAAUGCUAGAAAGAACAAAGUUAGACAGCUUUGCUGUUGCUGUGGUUACUCUCCUCGGUCAACUUGGAAGGCUUGGAGUUGCUGCUUGUGGCUAUGAAGAUAAAGGAGUAGAGAACUUGAGAUAUAAAUUAUCUGGCUUUCUUUCAUGUGAUGCUACCAUCCAAAUGGCUCUUCCUGUUCAAAUUGCCCUGGCCACUUCUUUGCUAGCGCUACUUUCUCUAGAAUUUGAAAAGGUUAUCCAGAGCAAUUGUAACCUUCCAGCAAUUGCAUGUCAAUCCGUUUCCAUUGAUCAUAUAAGAAGCUGGUUUUAUUCACUGACCAAGGAGCGGCAAGUAUUGUCACGCAGCCUCUUACAAUCUUGUGAUGUCCUAUGAAUUGAGGCAAUUGCAUGGUUGCAAUAAGAACAUAUUACCAUCUGCAACAUUGCCCAUUCAGUUCGAAGUAGAAGUUUCUCAGUAGUGAGAGGUUAUCAACUUGUCAUACGGGUUAAAGUGAGAGUAGAAAUUUUGACGGGGUUCACAUUUAAUAGGUUUUCCAUUCUGAGAUGGAGUUCUCCAUACAAAAAGUCUUUUCUUUCCUUUUCUUUUGAGUUCUGAGCAGGUAGAAAAAAAACAACACAAAUUUUGAGACGUAGCUUGUGUGAAGGCCUUUCUGUAUGAGUUCUCUCCCUCGCUAUUAAAUUUGUAAAUUUUUUGAA